CUAGCACACAUCAAUAAAAGUGCCAAAGCUAAUCAUCAUUCUAAUUCCAUUCUACUAUCACAAUCUGAUUUGAUUUCGGAGCUGUGGGUUUUAUUGAAAAAAAAAAAUUAGAAGCAAAAAUGAUGCAGUCGUUGAUGAGCAUGAAGGCUUACGUGGGUACGAGGUUACCGAUUUUAACGAAUUCCGAGACGAGUACGAGGAAGCAGCGCGUGAAUUGUCCGAACCGUAGGAAUGUGAUGGUUUCGUGCGGUUCGGAGAGGAAUGGGAACGAAGGAAUAGGUUCGAACUCAGGUUCGUUUAUGUCUCCGAGCCAUAAUUACGCGAUCUUGAAGCACCGGAUGGAGAAAGCGGCCAAGUCCGAGUAUUACGAAGAGGCUUCGAGGAUUCGUGACUCGCUCAAGUGCUUCGAAGAUGAGAUUCCUGUUCUGCGUCUGAGGAGAUUGUUGAAGGAAGCCGUUGCUGAUGAGAGGUUUCAGGACGCAGCUAGAUAUCGUGAUGAGCUAAAAGAAAUUGCUCCACAUUCUCUCUUAAAAUGCUCAAGUGAUGCGACAACCUUGGGAAUCCGGGUCCAAGUGAAGAGUGCAUAUAUAGAGGGCAGAAGUCAGCCUUCAGAGGAGGUAUAUUCCUUUGAAUAUAGAAUCAAAAUUACCAAUAACACAAACCGCCCUGUUCAACUUCUCAGAAGGCAUUGGAUUAUAUCUGAUGCUAAUGGGAAAACUGAAAAUAUUUGGGGAAUUGGAGUUGUUGGUGAACAGCCAGCUAUCUUUCCUAGGAGUAGUUUUGAAUUCUCUUCUACAUGCCCAUUAAGCACACAAAAUGGUAGAAUGGAAGGUGACUUUGAGAUGAUACAUGUUGAUCGAGUAGGCUCAAGAGCAUUUAAUGUCGCCAUUGCCCCUUUCUCGCUCUCUCUACUAGGAGAUGGUGAUGGUGAAACUACUUAAGAUAGAACGGUAGCAUCACCUUCUCAGAUUGUUCCAAAUAAGCAUUCAGAACAUGUCAUUGGAAGAUGUUCUCACAGCCAUAUUAAGAAAUUAAAGCUGGCUAUUUGCAUCAUCUGGUUGUUGUGAAUUAGUGAUUGUAAAUGUUUUGCUGUACAAUUUUCUUUGUUUAUUUUAUUUUCUUUUCUUGUUUUGGGGCCAGAACCUUACAGAUAUAUGUAUGUAUGUUGUUGUUGAAUGGUGGGUAGAGAACCCCAUAAAGAAAUCAAUUUUCAUGUGUGUAUAUAUUA